UCCAGCGGGCGGCAAAGAAAGAACGGCGGCAGAGCAAAGGGCACACACAGACAGAUUCUUCCUCCCUCUUCUUCUCCGAUCCACCACAUCGCAUCGAUCCACCCCAUUCUCCGAUCCCAACCCCGCGCCAUGCUGCAGCAGCAGCUGGAGCUGGGCCAAACACCAUCACCAUCACCCGCACUCGCCGAUCCCGACCCGCCGCCCGACCGCGGUGAUGCCGCCACUUCCUCCGCCACGCAGGCGCCCCCCUCCCGCAACGCCUCCUCCAAGUACGACUUCGUCAAGGUCAAGGUCUGGCUCGGGGAGAACGCCGACCACUACUACGUCCUCUCCAGGUUCCUCCUAAGCAGGAUGCUCACCGUCACAAAGAUUCCUAAUCAUGUCGCCAUCAAGAUCGCCCUUGAGCUCAAGAAGCUGCUUGUCGACAACAGCCUGCUUGAUGUUUCCCAGAGUGAUCUAGAGGCUAAUCUAUUCAAGCUUAUGGAGAAACGUGGAUACGGGGAGGACUAUAUAAAUCGCUAUAAAAUGAUGACAAGGUUCCAUCAUCAAAGAGUACCACUAGUAAUAUUGGUGUGUGGAACUGCCUGUACUGGAAAAUCAACAAUCGCUACGCAACUUGCUCAGAGGCUCAAUUUGCCUAAUGUUUUACAGACAGACAUGGUGUAUGAGCUGCUGCGGACAUCAACGGAUGCACCACUUACUUCGGUUCCUGUUUGGGCUCGUGAUUUUAAUUCUCCCGAAGAGCUUAUCACUGAAUUCUGCAGAGAAUGCAGAGUUGUACGCAAAGGUUUGGCUGGCGAUUUGAAGAAGGCCAUGAAAGAUGGGAAGCCAAUUAUUAUUGAGGGAAUACAUUUGGAUCCAAGCAUUUAUCUUAUGGAUGAGGAAAAGAGAGAUGAUAAUUCCAGGACGGGGAAAACGAUACCGGAUUCUGAAAAUUCAGGCAUCUCUGUAGAAAGGAAGACAGAACAUCAAUCCAAAAAUGGACUGGCCGAGAACAGAAUAAGUCCCACAAAGGAAAAUGAAAAUUUUGUCAAAAGCAAGGAAUGCACACUGGAGGAAGGUAGAAUCAGUGAAGGGCUAUCUUAUGCUGAGAGCCACGAAACUGUUACUCAUGAUUCUGCACAUUCUCAAGAAAAAUAUCCCAAAAAUGAAAGUGAUGGGCACAAAGAUUUGGGCCAACCGAAGAAUAACACCGCCAAGAAAGACAAACCUGCCGCUGAACCGAUAGUUGUUCCAAUUGUGCUGAGGAUGUCUGAUUUUGAUCACAAGGCAUUGUUAGAGGAAUGGAUAGCCACUAGAGCUUUCAGAGAUAAUUGCCUUCCUCAGGAUCAUCGAAAACUUAUAAACAACCUUAAGCUUAUUCAGGACUACCUUUGUUCUUUUGAGUCACAGGGAUUGACCAUUGUUGACAUCUCAGCAAAUUCUUUUCCUCAAACGUUGGAUUGGCUUCACAGUUACCUUCUUCAGUGUAUCGAGCGAGGUCUUUUGGCUGCAUGUUCAGAAAGCUGCAAUCAAGGGGGAAAAUGAUCGACAUGGGAGUGCCUGAGAUAUAGGCGCCUGUUUCCUGAGGCAUUUUAUUCAAACUUAAUCUAUUGUGCUGCCAAGGACGAAUCAUUGCAGUGGCAAUGCGUGAUGCACUGGUAUCCAAUCCACAUUUGUGUUCAUAUUAGACAAUAUAUAAAAUUCGAAACUUGGUGACUGUUAUUCAUGCUCCCGCCCUGCAAGGGGUAUACAUAAUUACGAGUUGAGAUGUCUUAGCUUGUUGUGCACAGCAUGUAAAUUGUAAUGUUGACGACAGAGACAGACCCAAUGCAAUGACGGCAUGUGUUUAA